CUGGGGUCAUGCGGACCCUACCAAGUAACCAUUGGGAUUUUGUAUUAUAAAUAUUUACGCCUACGUGGAAGGCUGUUCGAAACUAAAUAUAUGUCUGUUAUUACCAUAAUGAACAUUUAAUAUAUGUUACGUCAGCUACAGAAAUAUACCUCGUAAAUUUCCGGAAAUUAUUUUAUUUUUUAGAACUGAAUUAUAAAAUCCCCCUAUGUCGAUAGUGGUUUGACCCAGCCUCUUGCUCAGUGAAAAACCGGUGGUUGUCCGAAUAGCUGUUGUACUUGUUGCGUUAGUUGUUGUUUGGUUGUUGUUGCAGUUGUGGUUGAUGUUGGUGUUGUAUAUGAGGCUGCUUUAGCGAUGCAGGAGCCGGGGCGUGAAGAGGAGGAUGAUGAAGAGGACAAGGAGGGGCAAGGGUGGCACCUGUACCGCCUUACCCUGCAGGAGCUGGAGAGGCUAAAACUGCAGCAGGCGAGCGACAUGCAGGAGGUGGAGCGAUAUGUUGACCACGUGCGCUCCCUCACAGAAGACCGGGAGAUGGGACUGGAGGCCGAGAAUGAAACUCUUAAGCAGGAACUGGAGGCCAUGCACGCACAGAUGGACACUGAACGCAAGGAGAUAGUGGAGCUGUUGAGAAGACAGGGCAUGGAAGAGAUUAUUGGGGCCUCUGCCAGCGAGCAGGUGGCCUUUCUUCUCGUCGAGAGAGCUUGUCUGCUGCGAUCGCCACCAAGCCCGCUUAAGUCCCAGCAUGAGGUGUUGGGUUGCUCCUGGAAGACGCCACCGCAGACCUCAGAGAUAAUGACACUCGGUGACAAAGUGGAAAAAUACAAAAACCUCUACCACAAGGCAGAGAAAUCUCGGCAGCUGCUGUCGGAUGAGAGGAGCGCGCUCACGCUGAGGCUGCAGCUGCAGGAACAGGAGCUGGAGAUGCUCAACAGCAACAGCAGCAGCAACGGCAGCCACCCUCACAAACGCUGUCAUGCGCAGAUCGAGGAGCUCCACCGGCAGAACGCGGAGCUGGCGCGGAAGCUACGCAGUGCCGAGGUGUCGCGUGAGGAGCUGGGCGAGCGCAACGAGGAGGUCGAGGCGCUGCUGGCUGAGCUGCAGGCGCGCGAGCGAGACGGGGAGAGGCAUGGCGAUGGGGAAGACAGCAACAGCACCAGGGAGGACAGUGACAGCUCCGGGGAAGAUGGGGACAGCGGCAGGGAGGGCGGCGCCCCCGUGGUGGCACGAGAGGCAAAAGAGGAGGGAGUCAACGUGGGAGAAGAGAGGGAGGCGGAGACGGAGGCGGAGACGGAGGUGGAGGAGAAGUCUCAGCUGCUGCAGAAGGAGCUACUGGGCGCGUGCACACGCCGUGUGCUCACACACCCGUCCGUGCUGGCCGAGCGCCUCUCGGUGGUGGAGGGCGAGAGGGACGCGCUCAACAUGACCGUGCGGCAGCUGCAGAUGCAGAACACGCAGCUCCUGGACAAGGCGGCGGAGUCCGAGCGGCAGUGGGAGGAGCGGCUGCUACGAGGGGAGCAGGAGGCAGAGCGGCAGCACGGGCGCGUGGAGAGCCUACAGCGCCAGCUCGAGAGUCAGCACGAGGAGAUGCAUGGCACCGCAGGGCACACGCGUGCUGGAGACGCAGAACAAGUGGCACAGGUGUCUGCCCUGGAGAAGGAGCUGAGUAAGCUGCGCUUGGAACUGCAGGAGCACAAGCUGCAGUGGCACCACCAGCAGCUGCAGCUGCAGGCGGAGCUGCAGCAGGGACACGCGCGUCGCACGAUGCUGAAGGAGAGGGUCAGGAAUCAGGAGGAGGAGCUGAAGGAGCUAAGGCUUCGUCUUGUGGAACGGGAAGACAGAUCAGCUGUGCAGAAGAAACCAAAUCAAGACAGCCCACCUGACCAAUCAAAACUGCAAGACGCACCUGAUCAGCUUCUCUCCCAGGGCCAGGAGGCUGGCUUACGCAUGGAGUUGGAGCGAGCCCUACAGAGAACAGACAAAUACAUGAGGCGAUACAACGCUGGCCGCGUGUGCUGGCACACCCGCCUGCGCUGCGCCCGGGACGCCUUCCUGGGAGAGCUGUCAGCGCGGGACAAGGCUGUGGCCAACAUCUCGCAUGACCUGAAGCUGGCGCAGAGCUCAGCCAGCAAGGAACGAGCGUGGAGGGAGCGAGUGGUGCAGGAGCUUCACGUGUCUUUGGCGUCCGUACGUGACCUCACCCAAGAAGUCGCCGACCUAAAGUUCUCCUUGCGCGAGCAGACGAGGCUCACCCAGCACGCGCAGCACAGGGUUCAGCUUCUUGAAGAGGAAGGGGAACGAUUGAGGAAGCUUCUUCUCGCGGAGCCUAGAAUACACUAACACGUGGCACGCAGGCACACUCCGUCUCACUGACACACAAAGACAAAGAUCCCCCGUGUAGCUUUAACAGACUGUAGGGGCAAGUGCUGUUAGCAAGCACCUAUGAAGGCCGGAACGGUACACGAGGGGGUGGGUGGCCAGCA